UUCCCUGUGCGUGCGCGUGCGUGCGCGCACACGCGCACCCGCCGUGAAGGCUGUAUUUCCACAUUCCGCUGUCGGCGGGAGACGCGCCCUCGGGGACCCGGGGGAGGAGCAGAGGUUCGGCGGGCCGCUGGACGCGAGGCGCGCGGCGCGAGGACGGCAGAGAACCUGCCGCUCACAGCCUGGACUCCUGAUCCCGAGCGAGCCGCGUCACCAUGCCGACUCCCGCCAUCCUCACGGCAACCGGGAGCCCUCCGAGGAGUCGCUAGGGCUGCGGGCCCUGCCGGUCUGCGCAGAGAGGAUCCCUCCCAGAGUUGAGAGAGACCCGGAGGCAGAGAUGGUUUGCCAGCUUGGUGCCCUGCUGAUUCUCACCUUGGCGGUGGAGACGGGGCUCGCGGGCGGGUGUGCGUGUCCGGCCGCCGAGGUUUUGCCCCAGUUCCCCUCCCAGGUUCCGGCCGACGUCUGCUGCUUGAACUACUCCGGCUCCUCUUUCAGCCACGUGCGCUGGUCUGUCCUCACAAACGGGACCAACGCGGAGACGCUGGAUCUCUCCUUCUGCAACAUCAGUCACGUUCACGCGGGUGGCGGAGGCGCGUCCGCCCUGCGGAGGGUUCGCUUGGCUCACAACAGACUGACGGCGCUGCCGAGGGACUUUCUGGCCGGCCAGCCCAACCUGACGGAGGUGGACCUGAGCGGGAACCUGAUCGGGGAACUUCCCGAGGGUUUUCUCCGGGGCUCGGACAACCUCCGGACGCUGCGUCUGCAGCAGAACCGGCUGCGCCUCCUCCCGGGCUCUCUGCUGCAGAAGACCGGUCUGCAAAGGCUGGAGCUGGAUGGAAACCCCUGGGACUGCUCCUGCUUGUUUCUGCAAGGCCUGGAGGAAGGCAGGAGGGUCAACAGCACCACUGCGCCGCAGGACCUGUCGGGGAACCUGACCUGCGCCUCCCCCCGCCACCUGGCCGGCCGGGCCGUGCGGUCGGUGAGCCUCGGCGACGCGUGCCGCCCCGCCGGCCUCACGGCGCUCUUCAUCGCCCUGCCUCUCCUCGUCCUCUCCGCCUUGGUGCUCUGCUGGUGCUGCGGGGGGAAGAGGAAAGAAGCGCCCGUGAGCGGCUCAAAGAGGAGAGCCGGCUGCAACGGCCAGAAGCACCGCGGCAAGCAGAAGGCGGGGAGCUGCGGCGGCGAGGGCGUCGCCAAGAACCAGCUGCCGCUGCGCCCGGCCUCCACCCUCCUGGGCAGCACCAGGGACAUCUACGAAGAGGUGGAGAUUAAGCUGGGCUCGGUGGAGUCCCUUCCACCGCAGCGACCGUCCUCCGGCGGUUCGGGCUCCGCGGAGGGGAAGCGCGGCGCCCGGGGCCCCGACGCGCCCGCUAAGGCGGACCUGGACUCGGUGAGCGUGACCGAGGUGAUGAAAGACUCGGCCGACAGGGAGAAGGCGUACCUGACCCAGUCGACGGAGUACUACAGCCUGGUGCCGGGCAUCGAGCUGGAGGACUCGGACCACGGCGAGUACGAGGACGUCAGCCUCUCGUGACGCCGCGUCGGAGGAACGACAAAUAGAUCAUUUCUUUUCUUAAUCUGCUCCUAAAUGUUAGUAAUGAGGUUGUUUUACCGUUUUAGUUCAUGUAGAUUU